GUUAAGACCUCACAAAGAUAAGAGCUCUCGAGACGCGGAAAACAUAGAGAGAAGAAACACGCAUACCUCAAAAGCGCAAUACACAAAAAGAAAAAGUACAUCUUUAGUUUUCUCCUACAAAUUAAACACAAUAUGGUGUCUCAAAAGCUGGAGAUCUGCAUCGAGUUAGUGAAGACUGCCGUCUCUUUUGUAGCCACCGUGGCUGAAACAGUGGAAGAAGCUUUCCGUAAGCCUCCGCCGGCGCUUCCGUCAGCUCAUGAUGUUCGCCGGAACAGUUACGCCGACGUUCCCAUUCCUCUUGUUGGAUUCAUGUGAUGAGCUUUUUGUGUUUGUUAAACUUUUAUUCUUUAGUUUUGGCCUCGUUUGGCUCUCGUGCCAUGAGGCGUUUUGGAAUGUUGUUGAUUUGUGUAUAAAUAUAACCAAGUGAAUCAUGAAGAGUUACAGAUGAA